ACACGCGUGUAAACGCGGGAAACUUUUGACAAACAUCAAAAUGGUUGGAUGAUACUAGUCUAUUGAGUGAAUGACACGAAGAGUAAAGUACGGUGUCUUAUUUUUGUAGAGAAGGAAGAAAUUGUUCAAUAGUUGAAAUAUAAAACAAUGGCGGAAAAACCAGAGGAUCUAAAUCUACCAAAUGCUGUUAUAUCUCGGCUUGUGAAAGAGGCACUUGGUGAUGGAGUGAAUAUAUCAAAAGAAGCAAGAUCAGCAAUAAGCAAGGCAGCAAGUGUAUUCGUAUUAUACUGUACAUCAUGUGCAAAUAAUCAUGCAUUGGAAAACAAGAGAAAAACUUUGACAGGUAAUGAUGUCAUGGAUGCAUUGGAGGAGAUGGAGUUUCCACAGUUUGUUGAACCCUUAAAAGAAAGUUUGGAAGCGUUUAGAAGAGAUCAGAAGGAAAAGAAAGAAGCUGCAGCCAAAAAACGCAAGACAGAAUCUUCAAAUGAGGACUCAACAGGGCCUGAAUCUAAGAAACAAAAAACUGACACUACAAAAGAUGGUAGCAGUGAUAAUAAUAGUGUUGAAAACAAUAAUGAAGGGCAGAACAAUGAGUUGAAUGAUACAAAUGGAAAAUAAUAACAUACAUGUAUUCAUCUAACAUUUUGAUACUUAACACAUUGAGUUUUUAAAAAGAGCUAGAGAAAGAAUAUGUUUGUCAUUUAAGCAGUUAAAAUAUAUCCUCAGCCUGUGUUCAGACAAAAAUCAGACAGCUCAGGGCAGAUGUUGAUUGAAUGUUUUGCAAAAAAGU